AUGAGUAAGUAUUGCAUUGAAGAACGUUUACAAGAAAUUGAAAAUACUCGUCAGGAAAGUGGAUUAUUGACUGAAGAUCAUAAUACUUCUAGGUCGUUAUUCAAUUCGAAUUCAAAUGGCAAUUCUAAUCCGUUUCUGUUCACGCCCCUACUCUAUCCAUCACCAUUAGCACCCUUGCUUCUUCAACCAGAGUCAUCGUUUCAUUUGUACCAGGAAGUUUUCCUAAGAAAUCUCAUUGGUCAUUAUACGCAAACGCAGCUACCACCACCCCUGCCGUUGCCGUCGCUUCUUUUACCAUCAUCAACAAGAUUAUCUCCUGUAUCUUCUGAAAAAGAAUCUCAAGUUUCAUUCACAAGAAAGAAGCUCUCUCGUGAAAAAUGUUCGAAAAUUCGCCGCCGAUUGUCAUGUCCACAGUGUUCAUAUACAACCAAUCGAUUAAAUAAUCUCAAACGACAUGUUCAAACCAUGCAUGAAAUUCUUUCGAAACCAAUCGAUUGUUGCGAGCAAUUGUUCACUAGUAAAGCACAUUUCCGUGCACAUGUUAACAUGGAACAUCGUUGUGGAUAUCAUUGUGAUAUUUGUCGACGGACAUUCUGUCGGAAAGCACUCUUACGUCGACAUCAAUCGAUUCAUUCGGGCCAAAAAGCAUUCGUUUGUUCAAUAUGCUCCUAUUCCACAAGUCACAAAGGAAAUCUCGACCGGCAUACACGAAUUCAUCGACAUCACAAUGAACAUAAGGAACUUUCGUGUUGUGCUCAUUCUCCAAAACAUUCCACCUGCCAUUUCUCUACAACUGACUGA